AUGUCCACCCCCGCCGCCCCCAAGACCCCUGCCACCAAGACCCCCGACCCCAUCCAGGAAACCUUCGACAAGGAUAUCAAGCCCCUCGCGCAGAUCAUUAUGCUCGACGCCGCCCACGGUGACAGCAACAUCAUCGACAUUUGCAUCAAGGAUCUCAAGGGCGACGGCACCUACGAACCUGACUCUUGGCGGCGCUUCCUGAUUGAUAGCGGGCCAGGCUAUAAGGCUAUUAGGGAGAACCUCAUCCGGGUGCUUAAGAGCUACAAGCACCCAAAGGUCGGAGGGGGGCAUGCGCCGCUGGAGGUUCCAACUGUGGAGAUGGUUCAGUUUACGCAUACGGAUGAUGAUCAUUGCGGGGGAGGCAAGGAGCUCUUUGAGGCAUUGGAAACUGAUCUAGCCUUGCGAGAACACUUUUCGAACACCGUUGUUGCAUUCCAUCGCCCGCCGAAGCAGCACCCAGACUGGAAGAUCACGUUCGCCCCAGUACCCACAAACAUAAACAAGCCCUACACGGUGACAUGCCAGGCGUUAGGCUGGCAUGACAAGCGCCUCGACCUUGAAAAGUCAAACGUCUACCUUCGAUACAGCUUCAGCAUCAACAACAAGGCCCGCAUAGAGUACGACACCCCCACAGUGCCGAUCACAGUCGAGCAGCUCGCCGGCACGGAGCUCAGCGUCAACUGCAACGUGACCUUGCACAGACGUCAUAUCGGGCACAACACGACCCACCUGGCCCCAUACACGAUGCGCGCCGCUCACAAGGAGAUCUUCACCGCUAAUAGCCGUUUCCCCAUCCAUGUCGACGAGAAAACCCAGAAGCGGGUGGUUACGUUGGGCUCGAAGCGCGCCACCUCAACACCCAAGCUAGAAAUUGUAGAGAACAAGGACGUGCCGGACGGGGAGAGAAGGAGGGCAAGCCAGAUGUACUAUCGCGUCAUGGAGGGGCUGGAGAAGGUUGUCGAGCUGGACAGGAGACGUCUUAAGGGCACUAGAGUAGGUACCCGGCGUAGGACGGCCAUGGUUACGGCGCCCACGGUUACGCCUCCCAAGGUUACGCCCCUCCUCAAGUCGGAGGACAUAUGGGUUCCAAAGCAGAACGAAACGGUAACCUACGGCCUCGCAACCAUGGAGAUUGUCGGCCCGACACCCACAAUCCACCACGAGCUCAUCGGCGACAUAAUGCGGGUCGAGUACGAUCAAGGCGUGGUAAAUACCCCCCCACAACCUGGCAAAAAGCCCAGACCGAACACACCGCCACCCACAAACAACACACCGCCCACAGACAACCCAACGCCCACAGACAACUCAACGUCCACAAACAACACAAAGCCUAAAAAAAACACAAAGCCCAAAAAAACCCCACCGGCCAAAAAAAACCCAACGCCCAAGGCGGGCACAAAGCCCAAGAGGGAAGCCCCCUACCCUCCGCUCGCCCUGGAAAAGGACAGUGUCCUCCACAACAUGGCCAGCAUCGUCACCCUUUUCCGGCGCUGGGCCGACACCGCCACCGCCACAGCUAAGAUCCCCACUGCCCCCCCGGUCCUCAGCAUGCUCUUCACCGGCGACGCCCACGACAGGGAAUGCCAGGUCCGCGACACGGUCGCCAACUUUGCGGGCCCCGUUCCCCCUCGCUUCGUCAACGUGCUCAAAAUACCGCACCACGGCUCCCUCUGCUCCACCUCCGUCGAGUUCUACAACCGAAUCACCGCAGACGUCUAUCUCGUGUGUGCGCAACAGAACAACAACGGACUGCCCAGUCUGCGCAUCCUCGAGGCCAUCGUCAGCGGCACCACCGUACAGGGCGGCGGCCGUCACGCAAGCAUCUUCUUCUCCAACCCGGACAGCCUGUGGAACAUCACCAGCGCACAACACAAAGAGCCCAUGCCGUCGAACCUCAACACCCUGCUCUCCGGCAACAAGAAGCCCGGGACGCUGGUCGGCCAGGCGGGCAAGUACGACUACACGUGCUACAUCCUGAAGCAUCGCACCGGGAAGAAAAAGACGUGGACCAAGGACACCAAUUCGGUUAACAAGAACGCAGGGAUAAUACUCCUUGGCCUCGACACGGCGGGGAAGAUCGUGGUCAAGGCGGACUCAAAGUGGUGGGACAAAUGGGACGAGCAGAGGAUUAGGAAGCCUAAGACGCCCGCGGAUGAUUUGGAGGAGUAUAGAAAGUCGAGGAAGUAG